AGUACAUAGAGCAGCUCGAGUCGAAAUCUCGCGAAGCUACAGACGAGGCUCGUGGUGAGCUAGGUCCCCGUUCUGUCAAAGAUUCUGGCGGCCUCCUCAAUGGUGGCUGGAGAGCGAGCGAAGUGGCUCCGCGCUAGGGUGUGAUGGCCACUUACUACAAGAGGAUACUAGCAAUACUGUUUACUUUUCAAGGGCUUCUAAUAACAAGUGCUGUUAAUGAGAAUGAGGAUGAGGAUGUACCUGAAGAAUGGAUUCUCCUACAUGUAGUUCAAGGUCAGAUUGGUGCUGGGAAUUACAGCUACUUGAGACUAAAUCAUGAUGGAAAAAUAGUGCUUCAGAUGCAGAGUUUAAAAGGUGAUGCAGACUUGUAUGUAUCCGAUGUAACUCUUCAUCCCAGUUUCGAUGAUUAUGAAUUACAGUCAGUAACUUGUGGCCAAGAUGUGGUUUAUGUGCCAGCACACUUUCGUCGCCCAGUGGGAAUAGGAAUUUAUGGCCAUCCCUCUCAUCUGGAAAGUGAAUUUGAAAUGAAAGUAUACUAUGAUCAAACAGUUGUAGAAUCUCCAUUUGGUGGUGGCUCAUACAAUCCAGAAGAAAUGAAAAUGAACCAGAAGAAAUUUCAUUCAACGGAAGAUGAGUAUCAAGAUGAAGAAUCAGUCUUCUGGACUAUAUUGAUUGGAAUACUAAAAUUAAUACUUGAAAUUCUCUUUUAGAUGUAUAGUUUGGGUUGUGAACAAUCUGUACAACUGAUUGAAUGCUGUUCUAAGCUGUGGAGGGGAAAAUAAAGCCAUAAUUAUUUUUAUAUUAUAAA